GUUAUAGAAUGUGGAAGCGAAAGUUUGAGCGUACGAUUUACUACCCGAUCACCAUUUGAAGGUCAUAUUUACGUCAAAGGACAUUACUGGUCGCAAGGCUGUCGUUCUGAUGCGUCACUGGAAAGGACGGCAAACCUGACAGUUGCAUUUGCAGAGUGUGACGUACUACGGCAACGAUCGAACUCUCCGCGUGGACUUCUGCUUGCGUCGACAAUCAUCAUUUCUUUUCAUCCGAUGUUCGUGACGAAGGUCGAUAAAUCGUACAGAGUUCAAUGUUUUUACGCAGAAACAGCGAAGACGGUCACCCAGAACUUGAACGUCAGUGGGAUUGCUCUUCUUGAUAUGGUCAAUCGAAGACCGAAUUCGUAUUUACAAGAUUACUGCCAAAUGUGCCCGAUUUUCAGCGUUGCCCAUAAGCUCGUCGAUGAGACGCUCACUUCAACGGUACCCUUACCAGAAUGUCGAUACCAGGUGCUUGCUGGCGGAAAAGGUGGAGCUCCAUUGAAAUUCGCCUCGGUAGGUCAGCAGGUCUAUCACGAAUGGACGUGUGAUCCGGAAGGAAAAAUUGAAGAUUCCAGUUUUUGUGCUACUGUGCAUUCUUGCAAUGUCCGUGAAGAAGGAGGUCGAGAAGUGCAACUUCUUGACGAGAACGGUUGUGCUAUUGACAGGUACCUCCUAAACAACCUUGAGUACACAUCCGACUUGACGGGUGGACAGAUGUCGCAGGUCUUCAAAUUUGCUGAUCAGCCUUCUCUGUUUUUCCAAUGCCAGAUUCGAUUGAGCUUGAAGGAAGGAUCGGUUUGCAAGCGCUCAUCAGAUGAUUGCCCGAAGAUCCUUCGUGGCAAGCGUUCUACGGAUUUAGAAGAAAGCAAUGUUGAUGUAAUUUCUCAGCAGAUGACAAUCUUCGAUAUCGACGACACCACAGGUCCGACAACCUCUCGUCAAGAACAGAAGGAAGGGAACAUUUGCGUCUCACCACUCGCCGCAGGAUCUCUUUUAUUUCUUUUUGUAUCUACACUAAUGAUUUGUGUGUUGUCCAUCGUUUCUCUGAAUUGCCGAAAAGAGUCCGCACAUCAUAAACUCGUUGACUGA